UUUUCUCGCAGUCAUUUUUGAGCUGUUUUCGCGGAACGGUGGUGAUGGCGUAUCGGUUCGGCGUCGCGUAAUUGACAAGAUUGAAUAAAGUUAAAUAACAAAUUAAAGACCAAGUUUUUUUUAUCAGUUUACUGUACUUAUUGGAGAACGAUUUCUUCGGUACAUAUAGUUAGUAAAAAUAUUUGCUCAAGUUGAUUGUGCUAGAAAAUUGUUCAAAAACAGGAAAACUUUGAACCCAGUUAUAAUGUGUUUGAACUUGUGCAACAAAGAUAUACAAAUGUAAAAUGUCCAAAACAGUGAACAAUAACCCGAAGAGCAGUAGAAAAGUAAGUAACGGCUCGGAAGAUACGGUCUGAGUCUAGGAAAUUGGAUUUUUCAAAGGGCCGUCCUCAGUAAGGAGUGUCUCGCCUGGAGAAAAAAUCCUAGUUGGCAAAGCCAGAACACUCACACAUUUACGAUCUGCAGCAGCUGCCAUUAAAUAGCCACUCUUUCGGGCCGCAGCGGUUGCCCAAACACCAGUCAAGAAGGAAAAGGUGAAGGGCCUUCUGAUAUGGAGUUGUAUUUACUCACAAGUCUCGCAUCGGCUGCUCGAUUGUGACUUUUGCGGAUUCUCUCGUUUUGCUUCUUGAGAAAAUCCGACCAAAAAAGUGUGAGUGGGUCGCGUGUGUUAGUUCUUUACAAUUUUCAUCUCCCUUGCGCCGCUUCUUGCAAAUGUAAACAACAACAAUCCGCAACCAUGUAAUGCGUUGUGUGUGUGCGCGGGAUGUUGUCGGUCGAUUUGGCUGCGGAGGAAAGCGAGUUUUAUUGGUUUCUUAUGUUGAUUUCUGGUGGGUGAGAUUUUGUUUGGCGAACCAUUGAAAAGUAAUUAGCUGAAGUGUACAACUCAUGUGUGAUGAAAAUUGAAAAAAUCGCAAGUGGAUCGAACAAGCUGCAACCGGGGAGUUGGUGGAACCGUCAGAUCUGCACUCUUUGACCUGAUGCGUAUCUGAUUUUUCUUUGGAUAAUGAUGUAGUCUAUUGAUCAAUUUGCAGUGAGCGGUAUCAGUCAGUGGAAUUGUGCAACGUGAAGUUAUAGUGUAUGUAUUGGCCUGAAGCUACUUUAUCUUACGUGAUGUACAAAGUGGAGGUGGCAGAUAACGAUAAUUGAAGAUAGUUUGGUGGAAUAUACGCAAUUGGAUUUUCGACCAGACAGCUUCCGAUACCCAACCAGCGUGAAAUGUUAAAAUCAGUAAUCGGGGAAAGCAGGCGCACGGAAGGACUGAGCUUCGCGUAUAUUUGCCGUUUCGUAAUCGGGGUGAGCGAUAUCGGAAGUGCAAUCGCAAAAAUGUAAACAGUAGGCGGCAUGGCGUGUUGUGUUGGCCUCUAAGUGAUGAAGAGCGUGUCUAGUUUCUGUUUUUGAACCUGCGAAAAAAGGAGGCCAAGUAAGCCUAGCUAAGUGUGUGGAUUCGUUCGUGCGCAAGGCGAAUGUUUUGCGCUGUGGGUUUUUCCUACCAGAUGAUGUGUCAGCUGUUACCAGCUGACGGAGGUGGUGCAGGUGGUGCAUAUUAACACUAGUAGCAGCUCCGAACAACGGAUAUAUUGUGCGGAACAAUCACAAUGACGAUGACGUCCGGAUAAAAGGUGACCCUUUUGUGUGGAGGAUCGAACGAAGUCGAGAGACGAUUCGAGGUGAAAUCGUUUUAUUGGAUAACUGAUAAAGAAGUUAGAGGCCGAAAAGAAGCUGUCUACUUCAUUUGCGUAUUUUAGCCAUCGGUCGCUUCAUUUCGGGAGGUUUCGAUAAUUUGUGAAAUCUCGCUGCAAGAUGGACAAAUCAGCAUCCGGGGGCCCAUCCGGGCCUAAAGUGUCUCAAAUAGCCAAUCUGUUCCAACGAAAACCAGUGGAAUUAACUCAGGACCCUGGGAAGGAUCUGUCAGGUAGCCAGCCUUCCCCAACGGCGACCGUGGUUCGGACAGAGUCUCACGCAGCUCGUUUCAAUAACGCCAGAGCCUUGUUCGAAAAAUUGGGCGAAGGACGUGUCAAUAGGCCUCCGCCAUUCAGUAUUAAAAUGUCACAUUCCAGUAGCAAAGAAGACAAUCUGUCGGAGGUAGGUUCCGAACAGGAUCGAUCCCCUUCUCCGAAGAGAAAGCAUCACCCGAUUACCAAUGGUAUUGGUAAGCUCGAUUCCAACAGAAUAUUAAACCAAUCGCGGUUAAAAUCUGAAAAACCGGAGAAACCCGAAAAGCCUGAAAGAAAGUUCAACUCCAGAGAGUUGAUUGAAAAGCAGAAAAACUGGACAUCACAUUUUUCAAAAACGCGAACAACAAAAGGUAGCGGUGAUUUUAAUCGAUGUGACAUCAUACGAACCGUUCCUGGAACGGGGAUUAUCGCCAGUGCCGGAGCACCGGCCAACUGCAGUGGUUCAUCAGUUAACCAAAUUUCUAUUAACGGAGGCAGUAAUGUGCAGCCAACACCCAAAGAAUCGAACAGUCAGCGGCAAGAGAUUCCGCACCCAACGGUGCCUGCACCCCAUCGAAUCCAGUCCCCCAGUGAUCCUCCUCCUAGUCCUCCAAAACGUCAGACGCCUCCACCACCGCCACCCGAAAAGGGACCUAGAAAUAUCCGUCAGAGUUCAUUUCCAUCGCCAACGAAAAUUCCUCCUGCAGUUCCUCCUCAUGCGAUUGAUCCUAGUUCGCUUAGUCCCACGAAAAUUAGCCCAGAAAAGCUCAAAUCUCCUCCCCGCCAAGCGGAACCUCCUCCAGCAGCUGUAACUACUGCCGCCGCUCUACCUCCUGUGGCACCCAUUCGAAAUAAAUCGGACGAGCCGCCAGAGAAGGGAGCGCGUAAGAAAUCCCUCGAAACCACUUUGGAUGAACAAAAGACCGCAAAAUCGUUCAAAUACCCGGAAUUGGGCGGCCUACGAAGACAAUCGACUGAGAAAGAUAGCGGGGCCAGUGGCCUCACUUCGCCGGCGCACGCUAUCAGUUCGUCUCCGAGUCCCGGAGCCAGUGCUUCCUCGGGCCCUUCGUCUCCGAUUCAUACCGAGGACGAGAAGCAGGAAAGCGAACCGACGGAAAAGGCAACCGAGGCAGGUGCUGCCGACAAGCUGGAUGAAGACGAAGGCGUUGCGGCGGAGGAAAAAAGCAGAAAAUCCUCCCGUUCCGAAGACACUGACACGGGCCAGCAUGUCACCCGUCGGAAAAAAGUAUCCAGCAUCUGCUUCGAGGUGCCAGCUGCCGGUCUCGGUGCUCGUCCACCGAGCAUCAUCAGCAGCAGCACCACCACGGACGAGGGUGGUUUCAACGAACCAUCACCGGAGAUCAAGGCCAAACUCAAGCCGGCCUACGAUUUCGAUUCGAUUGCGCCGGAGCUGCCAGCUUCUCCUCCGCGGCGAUCGACCAGUGUGGCACUUAAUGGGGGUGGCAGCGCUUCGCAGCCACAGUCGAUGCGUGAUGUCGUGGAACCGCUGAUGGGCGCAGAGGAAGAACAGCUCAACUAUGUCGAUCUCGGGUAUCGAUUACGGCCGGACGGUACCGAGUGCGACGAGAUCUAUGGCGAAAUGGAGGACUAUCGAAGUGCCAAUAGCAGCAGUAUUAUCUCAAAUAAUCAAUCAGCGUUAGACUUAGACCACGGUACAAGUGUAGAAAGUAGGAAUGCUAUUAACAAUUUUCGAUCUCAUUAUACUACUAACAACAAUCGAGGCCUGGUGGCCAACGAUGUGCCAACGAUGGAGACGGAUCGGGCCCUGUAUGCAUCCAUUGUUCCGACUGCAUCAGGAGAUUCUUCCUCGACCAUCACCACCAGCAGUGAGCUGGCCUUUAUGGAUGUGGAAAAGGACGAGGCUAAAAUUCUAGACUAUGACGAGCUCAGUGAGGGUGAAAAAGGAUACCACAGUCCGCAGACGAUUCUCGAUCCGACACGACCGACCUUAACGGAGUACGAAGAUGAUUACAGCAACAAAACACUGCCAGAUCCGCCCUCGCUGGCAUCGAUGCGUCCUCCACCCAUUCCGGAGGGACCGCCGCUGGAUCUGCAAGAUGUCCAAUAUGCGGAUGCCAGUGACAACGAACAUGAUAGCUUAGUACUGCCCGAUGAGAUGACGGCGGAUGAAGCUGAGCGGCUGCUUAGUUCUAGUAUCUUGGAGUACAAAAUAAGACAACAACCGCUGCUCUCCGAUGAACAAGCCCGAGAAGUGGAACAGAUAUUGCUCAACAAUAAAGCCAAAGCUGAAGAAACAGAAAAGCAACAGAAGCGUCAAAUACCGCCACCGUUACCACCCCCGCUAGAUACGAACGCCAACGAGCAAUCGCCUCCUUUAUCACCGCCCGAUUCGGGUCAAGCGCCCAGCAGCUCCGACGAACCGGACUGGCUGAAAGACGUCCUGGAAGCACCCAAGACUGCUACAGUCCGAGAAAAGCCACCUCCACCUCCGCCGCACGCUCCCAUUGCUACCACUAACGGCGUGAGCCAACUGAAUGGUAGCGUUAACACGUUACCGGAACCACCGGCACCGCCGAGUCGUAACAAUUCCACUAGUCAGAUCGAGGAAACCAGCAAUGGCAACAAUACGACAGAUCUGCUCAACCAAACCAUUCUCGAUUCGUCGUCCAUCCUGCAGGAUUCGUAUGUCUCGGCCGAUUCCUCAAUGCCAAGUGUUACCACCUCUGAUAGCUUCAAUCUGAGUAAUAGUAAGCCCGAGGAAGAACAGCAAACGAACGAUGCCGAGGCGGACGUUUCCGGCGACGAAAGCAACAAUUCUGGUUUCCUAAUUCCGGAGUAUCCACCCGUGAAGAGCAAGGAGGUGUUCGUUAAUCAGGACGGUGUUCACUUUUACGAAGAUGGUAACUUUUGGAUGGAAGUUCCCGGUCUGCUGGAUUCAGAUCGCGAUGAUGACGAAGAGGACUGCAGAGUUAUCAAGAAAAGCACGAAGGUGAAAUUCAGCACUAAACCUAUGCAAGUAUUUUCCACCUUCUCGGUCAACGAUUAUGACCGACGCAAUGAGGACGUCGAUCCGGUUGCGGCGUCAGCCGAAUAUGAACUGGAAAAGCGAGUCGAGAAGAUGGAUGUCUUUCCGGUUGAGCUAAUGAAAGGCCCCGAGGGCUUGGGGCUAAGUAUUAUUGGAAUGGGGGUUGGUGCUGAUGCUGGUUUGGAAAAGCUUGGAAUUUUUGUUAAAACUAUAACAGAUAAUGGCGCAGCUGCAAGGGAUGGAAGAAUACAAGUCAAUGAUCAGAUCAUUGAAGUCGAUGGUAAAAGUCUAGUCGGUGUUACGCAGGCAUACGCUGCCUCCGUACUGCGUAAUACAUCCGGUUUGGUUCGGUUCCAAAUCGGACGAGAGCGUGAUCCGGAGAAUUCCGAAGUAGCGCAACUUAUAAGGCAAAGCCUUCAGGCUGACCGGGAGAAAGAGGAGCGAGUCAAGCGACAAUUGGAGGAAUACCUCCGACGGAACACGGAGAUUUCGGAGGAUUCCACACUACCGGUUUCGGCCAAUUCCAGUGUGUCGGAGGGACCGGUCAGUCCUACGGCUGCGCAAGCCGAAUCACUUUUCGAGACGGAGGCGGCACGUUCCAGUGAUGUGGAAUCGCUAAGAAGGAUUUUGCAGGAGAAUCUUAAAACCAUUGCACUGCAUGAGGGCGAUAUCCUAAGUCUCAAACAACAGCUCAUCAAGUACCAGCAGAGCUGCAACGAGGCGGAACUGCUAACGGAACGGGUGAAACAAACUGAACGGGAACUGGCCAACAUCAAAAAGGAAGCCAAUAACUACCAAAACAUGUUGCAACAAAGUCAGACCCAAUAUGCUACUUUGGAGAAAAAGUAUGGUCGUGUAAAGAAAAUUCUACGCGAAUAUCAACAUCGGGAGCGUGAUAUGAUCCAAUUCCAAGAAUACUACCUCCAGCAUCUGCAGGAGAAGGACACCGAGUAUAAUGCGCUGGUUAAAAAGCUGAAAGACCGAGUCAUCCACCUAGAACAGGAACUCCAGGAAACCCAGCGCAAAGCUGGGUUUCCUGUAAAACUACCUUACGACAGUACAAGUUUAAAGUUAACGCCGCAAAUGACUCGCAAACAACCGCCCAAGCCGGUAUUUCAAAAACUUGAAACGGAGUUGUCGGAUACCGAAUUUUCCGACCUCUCGCCUGAUGGUGAAGGCGAGGACGGCAAAACGGCUACCGUCGAAAGAAAGCUGCCUGUUCAGAAAGACGAUGAGCUGGAUACGGCUAUCCCACAGCAUGAGCUGCUCGAUAACUCACUGAACAAAGGCAAGAGCGAUCUGGUAGCACGUGGAGGAUUGUCCAAGCGUCUUCCGGGUAAGAAAAGUCAUAGCAAUAGCGGAUCGGAUUGCGCGCUCGAUGAGAGUGAGGAGGAAAUCACCGACUCCACUUCAGUGUCGCAUGAGUACACUGGAUUGUACAGUACUCCACAGAUCAUCAAUCGACAACUGAACAGUAUUAAGAACGGCCAAGAGAACGCAGGUCUUCCUGUAUACGCUCAGGUGAACAAAGAUCGCAGUGACCAUCAUCAUAAUUUGACGCAGACUCAGCACUCGACCAUCCCAAAUAUCUACCGGAAUGCUUCCGCAGAUAAUAAGUUAAACUCAAGUUACGGUUCCGAUUUGAAUGCUUCCUCAUAUGAUAGUGACCUCGGUUCUUCCACUGACAAACUGAAGGACAGUGGUGUGUCGAGCGAGAGUUGGAUGUAUCCAUCCAGAAGGCCUAAGGGAUUAAAAGGCAUAACGCCUCCCAUGCUCGCAGAACAGCUCAAAGAGCGACUUGCGGAACGUCGAACGGUAGACGAUGGUUCCUCGCGGGACUCUAGUGAUGAUUACUCUGAAAUCAAUCAACGUCAUGUUAGCCCAGCCGCUUCAUUGUCUCAAAAUUUGUUAGUCGAAAUCAAGAAAGCAGUGAAUGAAGCUCAACCAAAAGUGAAAAACAUUCUCCCACAAAAUCUGUCUCCUCCAGGAAGUAGCAGUCCAUGGCAGCAGCAGCAGCCGCCUGCGGCCGGCAACCAACAAGGUGGAACCGGUUCCCAGGGACCUCCGUCGCCGUCCAGCGUUAGCAGUGGGUCGACCUCGCCGGGAGCGUAUUCGCCGAGCCGUACGCUAGAUCUGUCCGGAUCGACGUCGAGCUUCUCGAGCGACCGGCUUCGGGAUUCGCACCAGUGGAAGAGCGGCCCCGUUGAGGAAUGGUCCAAUGAGCAGGUCUGCCAGUGGCUGCUGGGAAUCGGUCUCGAACAUCACAUUCCAGCCUUCGUGAAGCACUCGGUCGAGGGUGGAGCGCUGCUGCAGCUAGAGAAGCCGGACUUCAAAAUUUUGGCCGUCGGUGGCGAGGACAAGAAGCACCUGAAGCGGAACAUCAAGGAGCUACGGCGCCUGAACGAGAAGGAACGCAAGCAAAACGAGAAAGAACGGCGGGAGCGUGAGAAGCAGAUCAAGAAGGCCGAGAAGAAGGCCGAAAAAGAUCAAAAGCUGCAGAAGAAGAAGUAGGAGUAGUAGAGAGAUAUGAAUUUACAGGACUAGGAAGGUGAUUUUACGCGUGUGCAUUUAUCUCAGCAUAGAUACAAAACUAAAACAUCAAAUACAUUACUAAACUAUUAUAUAUAUUAUAUAACGACGCCGGUAGCGGUGGGAAUUUAAUGUUGUUCGCCCCCGCGAGCAGAAACAAAAUUCUAGCAUAUAGUAGAAACUUAGUCGAUUGAGUCUUUUGUUUGAUAUUUUCAUAUUUUUGUUUAAAUUAUUUUACAACAAAUUUGUUUGUUAGAUAGUUUGUUUAUAUAGAAGUAAAUAGAGAAGUUUUUUGAAUUUUACAAAACAGCAUAUUAUUAGGUGUGGACCGAGAAGCAAACACAAUAAUUAGUUAUUAGAUACCGUCCCGAAAAAGAGCUGCCCCAGGCAACUCCAAGGUUGGAAGGGUACAAGAGAUUGUCUUAUUUUACUGUACAUUACAUAGGAUUAGCUUCCCGUUUAUUAUUAGCGUUCUUCUUUAGCUUCAACAGCGUCUAAUUUAGAGACAGGUUUUCUGUUCAGUUUGUGUGUGAGUUUAAAUUAUAAAUUAUUUUCGAAAACACACUCAGCAACUCGUCUGCAUUCCAUUCGGAAGUGCAGCAGCCAUUUAUCGUUUUUUUAAUGCAAUCUAGUAGCUAUUCUAAGUAGAUUUUGCGAAAAGUAAUCGAAUGCUACACACAUGAACUGUGGAACUCUAGAAUUUGUACUGAAUAAACAAACUUGUUAGAAGUGUAUUGAAUAAGUGGAACACUAAAAAUCACAUGGAGUUAUGUUUUACAUUAACGACUAUAAAAACAAGAAAAUGAAGCUCAUUUCUCUGUACAGUUUCCUUCAGUGUGUAGCGUGUAAAAUUGGAAACGGUAAACUAAUAUCAGUGUCAAAACAAAGUAUUCCAAUUAUUGAAAAGAAAAGAAAAUGGCUAACGAACAGACUAAUCUUGAGGAGAAAAAAAGCGAUGUUGAAAAUCGGUAGUACCAUGGUAGAUGCCACGGGGGACCGUGCAGACAGACUGGAUUGGUACGGUUAUGCUGAGAAUGUAACUUGAUCCAGUGGUGAGGUGAGGUUCUGUUACAGAAAUUAUACGAAACUACAAGCUAUUAGGUAAAGCUGGCAAGCACAGCGUGUCUGUAACUUACGCGUAAAAUGUAAUGUAUUUAUUAUUUAGGAGGUAAUAAAAAAACCGCUAAGAGUAAUUGUAACAAAAUUUCAAAUUGAAACCAAACUAUUCAAAGCAACACACAAAAUAAGAAAAAAUAAAUUGAAUUUUUUAUUUUAUGGAUUUAUUUUUUUAUGUUUAAUUUCUCUAGUCUCUUUACAUUUCAUUUAUGGUUUUCUUAGUAUUGUUAAGUUAUACAUAAUAUCUCUCUUUAUAGUUUUCAACAGAUUUUUCAGCCCAUUCAGCGACUUCUGGAAUGUUCGUAAUCCUUUUACUAAGAUUUUUUUUCAUUUCCUUCGGUUCACUUAAUAAAUAAAAAUGAUUAAACCGAUAAAGCCAACAUAAAAUCCGUAUCUCUAAAUUUAAUAAACCCGUCAAGAUUUUAACCAAAAGGUAAACAAAGUCCACCGCCAAAAUUUGAUGAAACAAAUAACGUCUACACGAAGCAAAAUAAGAACCAAACUGUAAGGCACUUAUUACUUUACAAACAAAAACUACAAACUUUCUAACGGAUUCUAGCCAAUAUGAACUUGAAUCUUAUUUUUACAACAAAUGAAAAUUAUUCGUAAAACUGAUAACCGCACAGAAAUUGUAAAAUUUUGUAUCUGACAUUUUUAAGGCUCUGAUUGAUUCUUAAAGCAUUUUAAGCUGAAAAACGUCUUAUAUGAUUAUUACAUACGUCAGCUCCUAAAACCAUAACGCAAAACCGAAAGUUACGGAAUUUGAUAUUGAUUAUUACAUCCAGUUUUUUACACACGUCCGUUCGGAAACAACUCUACUCGUUAUAAUAUAUAUAAAAAAAGUCGUUAGAACAUUCACCAUUCCAAGCAGUUGAGUAAUAAGUAAACUCCACAGCAGUGCAUGUAGUGUCUACAAAACGGGAAAAAGUACUCAUAAGCCACGAAUCACACAAAGUUCAGCUCGAACACGGGAAAUAUGCGAAUGCAAAACAACACAUUUAACCGAUACUCAUGAUUAUAAACACUAAACUAAACUAAAUACAUAUACAACUAAACGACGUUGAUCAUUGUUAAGUGACACAAUCACACAUAAUAAUAAAAAGUAGCACGAUAAGGCCAUUUAUGUUUUUCGUAAGUGAAACAACACCACAAAUCCAUUGCUUCUGCGAGGACAGUAGUAAAAUCGACAAAAAGCAAGGCGGAAACGAAUUCUUCACUUAAAAUCGAUAUCUGCUCCUUCGAAAAACACAAGAACAGAGAAACCGUUUCCAGAAGAACCCGUAAAUAGAACGCGACAUGAUCUCUAUACUAAGCAAAAAUAAUCGAAUGAAAGAAACUGUAGUUAAAAGAA